UUCGUGCGGGGUAGCGUCUCAGAGCAAUGAACAGUGAUGGAGCCUGCCGAGCCACGGGGCGGUGACCAUAGUUAUAGUCAAAGAGGAAGGUCUUGAGGCGUGAUCUGAAAAUAGGAAGGAAGGGGCAAUGCGGAGGGUUUGAGCAAGAGUGUUCAAGAGUUUCGGACGUAAUUGUUUAAAGUGCGGCCACUGAUAGUGGAGAGGAGGACACGAGGAAUAAGGAAGAAACCAGAGCCAGACGAGAGGAGGCCGAGGGUGUUGGCGUGGGGAAUAAUCAGCUCCGGGUCCACCCCCUUUACUUAUGUUGUCGCCCCACAGCUUCUUGGGAGGCGGGAUGGCCCUGUAUUGAUCCCACACACACAGACUCACAGCCGUGCGGGGAGAGAUGGAUUUCACCAAAAAAGGUUCAAAGGUCAAAUGUCACGGGGGUGUUCGCUUUGGGGCGGAGGAGGGAGUGGCCAAUCACGUCCAUUUUGAAGAGAAGUUGCACGACUCUGUGGUGAUGGUGACCCAAGAGGAAGAUGGCAGCUUUCUAGUCAAGGUCGGCUUCCUGAAGAUUAGCCACAAGUACGAGAUCAGCUUCACUUUGCCAGCCGUCCGCAGCUUGGGCCGGGAGCUGUGUGCCGCCCCCAUCCCACAUCUUCACUUGAAAGUGGUGGAUAUCUCCCCUGGCACUGAUGGUCACAAGGUCAAGUGUGAGUACCUGGCCCACAAGGAAGGGGUGGUCAAGGAAGACCUGAAGUUGACCAGCGAGAUGUCUGACAACCCCUGUGUGAAGGUGGUGAUACAAGCUCGUGUCCUGGACCGGUUACAUGGGACCCCCAUGUUGUUGGAGGGCGUCAAGUGCGUUGGCACAGAACCUGAAUACGACUCGGAGCAAAGCGACUGGCAGGGAUUUGACUAGACAGCACUGCACAGUCCAGCUAAGCUGCGAGUGACUCUGAGCAGCUCAACCAUCGAGGGAAGGGACCCUGGCGCAGAUCUGAUUGAACUCGAGUUCGGUUGAAGACAUUUUUUUUUCCUCGUUUUUGUUCUUCUGAGAUACAGUAUUACCUCUUACAAUUUCUUUUGAAAUUUUUUUUAAACAAAGCAAAAAUAAACUAGGGGCAAAUAAUGACUGUUUGGUGGUGGCAGGAAGGAGGGGGCACAGAGAGAAAUCACUCGAUUUUGUGUUUUUUCUUAGCACGUUUCUUAAUCCGGAAUUUUGAAACGCUGCUCUGGACUCCUGAGUUUCCCGCCUGUUGGAGUGACAUUCCCGAUGGUUAUAAGGAAGGUGCCCUUCACCUCUCUCCCAACCUCCCCUCCCCCCCCAAAAAAACCCCAGUACUUUCUUAAUUAAGAAAUCCUGUUAAGAAAUAGCGUUAAGUUGACUGCUGUGCCUAUCUAUGUGUGAUGACGGUGGGGCUCUGUCAGCCAGUGAGUAUGUGCUACACGUUAGGCUCAGAAUGUUGUGUGGGGCCAGCGUGGAAUGUCUUUAUUAAAUCAUAUCAUAGCAGAAAAUAAAUCCACCUUUUGGACUCCC